CGUAGUAAUAUAAAUAAACCAGGAAAUAAACAAAAUGGAGUCUCAACUACGUCUUUUUACUUUCGAAAUUUAGAAUAGAGGAAGCAGGGGCAACUAAAACAAGAUACUCCUUAUUGUACAAGAUAUCUAAGUUUGUUUCAAUACCUUUUCAAUAUGGAGAACAAUAAUUCAGAAGCAGUUGAUACUAGUGAUGCAGCCGUGGGGGCAAGCAACAGUAAAAUGCAGAGGUCUGCCUAUGCAGCAGUCAUCUUUCUAAAUGUUGCAGAGAUGUAUCCAGCAGACGCUCAUGUGGAGUGUAAAUACACAUUAACUAAUGACAUCAUACCAUCUACACGAGAUUGGAUUGGUUUGUAUAAAGUUGGAUGGAUGUCUGCUAAUGACUAUUAUUAUUAUGAGUGGGCACCCAGUCCUAAAGAUUACAAACCUCAAACAGAAGCACAGGCUGAAAUAUUGUUUCAAGCUCAUAACUUGCCUGAUGAUGAUGGAGAAUUUUAUCAGUUUUGCUAUGUAGCAAGUAGUGGACAAAUUCGAGGGGCCAGCACUCCGUUCCAGUUUAAAAGACCAAGUGCUAAUGACUUCGUAGAAAUCCAUGAUAUUGAAAAUGAUAUGAUGAUUGUGAAAGAAAAGAAAUCUUACCUAGAAGAGAACCUAAAGGAAGCUUCACUUCAAAAGGCUGCCCUGAUACAGGAAAAACAAGAGAUCAACGAAGAACUUAAGGAUUUAAAGAAUAGUUUGAAAGCACUUGAAAAGCAACUCAAUUAUCAGAAAUCCCUUAACAAAAAAUUAACGACACAGUUAAGUGAAAAAUGUGAAGAACUAGAAGUUAACAACCACAAUACACAUGAAUUGAUUCAACUAAAUCAACAAUUGGACAGUAACAUAAUGGAAUUAACUCAGGAAAAGGCAACAGUUGAUAAGAAGAUUGAUUUAUUGACCACAGAAAUCGUUGCAGUUAAAGAUAGAAUGAAAGUAUUACAAAAUGAGAAAGAUGAAUUAGAAGGUCAAAAUAAACUGUUGAAAGAAGAAACUGAUAUGGUUAAGAGUCAUCUUACACUGUCUGAGGGAAAGGCUUCCAACUUAGCACGUGAGAUUACAGUGAUGCAGAAGAAACUAGAAGAGAAAGAGUGUUAUAUAGCAGCUUGUCAGAUGGAAAUAGCUACAUUAAAGUCUGCUCUUCAUCAACAAACCGUAAAAACAGAACAACAACAUAAUGUUAUGGCCUCAAAUGUUGAUACUGUAGAAAAACUACAAGAGAAAUUGCGUAAUACAGAAGAUAAACUCGAAGCUGCUGUAAAAAUAAAGGAAAUUAUGAGUAAUGAGAUGGGUGCCUACAGUAUUGCUAAUGAUGAUCUUAAAAAGGAGCUAGAUACAUGUCAUGGUGAGAACUUGGAAUUAAAGAAAGAUGUAGAAAGAAUGGAAACUGAAUUUGCCAAGGAAGCAGUUUUGUUGAGGACAGAAAAUGAAAGUAUGCAGGCUGACUUGAAAAAAGUAGUCACAGAGAAAGAAGAAUUACAGAAAGAGAUGAUUAUUCUACAGGAAGAGAAGAAAACAAACUCAACUACAGCAUCUAUGUAUGCUCUACAGCUAGCUAAUAAUUCUUUAACAGAGCGACAUAAACUUAUGGAAGUUGAAUUGGAAAAGAAAGAAGCUAAAGCUAAAAGACUACAGAAAGAAACUACUUCCCUGGAAAACGAACUACGUAGAGAAAUAGAAGAUUUAAAAGAAAGAAUCACCAUGUGCUCUGAUGCUUAUAAACAACUUUAUAAAGAAAACAUCAAACUUCAGAAGAAAUGUAAACAUUGCAGAUCUAGAAUAACAGGAGAUAAGACAGAGAGGAGUGCAAUAGAACCAGAACAGUUACAGAAAGCUUCAAGUGUGUCAUCAGCAGAGAGUGUGACAUAUAUCAUGACAUCUCAGUACAAUACAGAUAAUGAAAAUAAGUCAUCAUCACCAGAUGCAGAUAGUAAUGCUGGUGCAGACAUAAAGGCUAAAAUGGUGAAAUUUAAGAAGAUGUACCAUGCAGAGCAUUUUACGAAUGAAUGCCUACGACGUGAACAUUUAGAAGAAAUGAAGAAGAAAGAUUCAGAAAUACACACCCUGAAAUCAACUAUGAGAUCACGAACAACAGAACUUGAACACAAACACAUGUCUUGUACAAGCUUUCUGGCGGAGAAAGAUAAACAGAUUGAAGAACUCAACCAUACAAUAAGAGAUCUUAAAAUGGAAAAUUCAUCAUUGAGAAUGUCAGAUAAUGGAUCCGUUAAUGAUAUGAAAUACAUGGCACAACCAUGUCAGUUUGUUUAUGGCAACCCGUAUCUACAACAAAGAGAAACAUUCAGAUCAAGUAAAGAUGGUCCAAAAAAUCAUCUUCCUCCCUUGAUAUAUCCACACAUACCUGUUCGACAAACACAACCUUGCUUUGUUCCACCUACAACACCUGAUCCUCUGAGUGAAAGUGAAAGUACUGAUGGUUUACCAGCCCCUAUAUCACCAACUGUAUUACCUUCAGCUAAAGCGGCUGCUGUUAGAGCAGCUUGUUUCUCUAAUAUAGAUGAUCAGACUGACAUGAACUUUGUUGAUGCAAGAAAUUACUUCGAUAAAACAGUUCCAUCUGCUCCUUUUGAUUUAGACGAAGAUAAGUUUGUAGAUGCUAAAGGCGUAGGCAUGAAAAUAUGUCCAGGAUGUAACAUGAGUUUUUCUCCUGAUAUUUCUGAUGCAGAUUUCGAAGAGCAUGUUUUGACUCACAGCGGUAGAAUUUGCCCUGUAUGUAAUCAUUUGGCUGAUGAAAAUACAACCGAUAAUGAUUUCAAUUAUCAUGUCAAUGGAUGUAUCGACAAAGAAAAUAAUUAAAGAGAUGAUACAUUUCCUGUAGGUUAGCCUACUUAUUCAUUCAAUUUAUCCUUCUUUUUUUUUCUUUAUUUUACUUCUUUGUGUUUUUUAAUUUUUGUCCUUAAUUCUACGCUUUUUUUCAAUUUUGGUUUUUCUAUUACUUAUGUAUAUGGUAGAGAAAGAAUAUUUGACAUGAUUACAGAUUAUUUAAUAGGGUGUUUCAUGGGUACAAUGUAGUUUUGUAGUUCCUAUUAUAUACUAUACCAUACUGUGUAUUAAUGUAAUAUUUAAUUCUAUAUACUGAUGGGACAAUGGGACAUGAAAAGAUAGAAUUAUAGUAAGACUGUAAAGGGUGAGGUUAAUGGAAAGUGAUAAUCAUUUCAUUUCAUUUCAUUUCAAAUAAAUAAAUGGACAUGCAGUUUUAUUUAAACUGAUCUAAAUUUAAUAGAUAUUUUUCCUGUUUAUUCAACGGUAACUAAUUGGCAAUUUCUUUUCAUCAAACUAUAGAGUUUAAGGGAUAAUAACUUUAAAAUUCUGUAAUGUUGUUUGCUGUGGUGUGUGUACAUGUAUAUAAAGAUAAGUGUUUGUAUAUCUAGGGCGUUAAUAUAUUAAUGCCAUAUAUACUAAAUAGAGUGGCUGGUUAUUUCGAGAAAAUUUAAAAAGAACAUAUGAAUAUGAUAGCUUACAAUAUAAAUUAUUUUUGAUUAUUGACAGCUAUGGUUUACAUAUAGGUAGAAUGUAAAUGAAGUAUAUUUCUGUGAUAAUAAUACACAUUUAGUAAUCAUUAGCUCAUAAAUUUGUAUUUUACAUAUAUAUAUCAAUUAGUGCUACAUAUAACUCCUUUAAUAGAGUAAUUAUGAAUACUAAAUUAAGAUGAUGAAACAAUAUUUUGUUGCUUGUUGUGAUUGUGUUAGGAAGAUUUGGACUGAUAUAUUAUAUCUUACAUAAAUGAUUAGUCCAUGAUUAUUUAUAGAUACAUGUAUUCCUAAAUUUCAUAUAAUUUACAUGUAUAUGAUGUUUCGCUUUUUGAAGGUUUAGAGAUACAUUAAAUAUUUAUGGAACUUUAUUUUAGAUUUAUUGCACUAAAAUUUUGUUUUAUCACCAAAUGAAUAUUCUUAAGGAUAAUGUACAUUCUAUUAUUGUUUUUCUAUAAUAUAUAUCAUACAGUGGUGGUGUGCCCCCUCACCCAACCUAUCGAAUGAACUUGCAAAAGUCAAAAAUUAUUGUAUGUACUUUUGAUUCUAUGUUAGUCUGUCCAAACUUCACAAGCCAAAUUUCCAAUUUUCAGGUUUAUGCUUUAGAGUCCUUUCAAAGUCUUGCAUGGAAUUCAGUGUUGAGAGUUAAUAGCCUUGAGUAUCUGAUUUAGAGGGAUUGAUGAUUACAACUCUUAAUAAUGCUCAGUUAUUAAGGAUGUCUGUUGAUUAUAUUCUUUAUCAAUGACAUACUUCAUAUCAUGUAUUUCAAUGGGAACGCUUGAAAAUUUUCUGAGGGAUGCCCUGAUCUCCCCGAUCCCCACACUGAAAAUCCUGCUGCCACCACUGAUCAGAUAACUUUCAUGUUAUGGUUCUACAUUAUAUAUACUUUACUUUACAAUUAUGGACAUGAAUAUAUUAUGUGAAAAUAAUUAUCUGUUUUUGUCAUGAACAUUAUUUGCAAUCACAUGAUGUCUAAAUAAAGUUUGAUCAACUUAA